AUGCCUUUCAAACCUGUCGAGCAUCCAAAGUGCCCAAAAUGCGGCAAAAGUGUGUACGCUGCCGAGGAAAUGAGUGCCGGUGGAUACAAAUGGCACAAGUUUUGCUUCAAGUGCAGUAUGUGUAACAAGUUGUUGGAUUCAAUGUCAUGUUGUGAGCACCAGGCACAACUUUUCUGCAAACAAUGUCAUUGUAGGCGAUAUGGACCUAAGGGAGUCGGUUUCGGAAUAGGAGCUGGAUCUCUGACAAUGGAUACUGGAGAGCAAUUCGGAAAUACAGAAGUGGAUAUGACGUUAGUAUCUAAAAGAUUCCAUGCUCAAUGUUGUCUGUACAUGUGCAACAAACUUCUCGAUUCAUGCACUGUUGCUCCGCAUGAGGCUGAACUCUACUGUAAGCAAUGUCACGGAAGAAAAUUCGGACCAAAAGGAGUCGGAUUCGGAUUGGGAGCUGGAUGUUUGACUACUGAUUCUGGAGAAAAGUUCGGUGGAUCGAAGCAGACGUAA